CUAACCCACAGGAGAAACAGCGAGACAGCUUUAUAAACUCAUUCGGAGAGGGAAUCACUAGGUUCACGAAUUUGCUUUCCGUCGACAGGACACUGAAGUGGGUCUAGCAGGUUAGGGAUGGCCUGCGUCGUUGCUUCUUUUUCUCAGAUUUCAUUCAGGAAGGGUAUUUUUUGGGGCGGAUCAGUAGAGUAAUCUGCCUUGUGUUGCCGAAACCACGGUCUCUGACAGACCUGGCGGUAGGAGGACGUAAGGCCUCGUGACGCAGUAGUAGUUUCCAUUUUUUUUUUUUCGGAGAACCGGUUUUUUAGCAUGCGAUACCUUCCGUACCGUCAGGUUCAUCGUCGUCCUUCGAGUCGUCUUUUAUGGAGGAUCUUAUCGAAGCGAUCUGGCCACAUCUAUUCCCGUCCUGGUCCGAAGCAUUAACCGCGUUAAUAGCCGCCUCGUUAGUAGCCUUCCUCCUCUAUCUCACCAAAUCCAAAGACGAUGCGGAAUCUUCCUCUCGAAACGCUUCGGCCGCGUCUGCCGGGAAAACCGGCGUGAAUGGCGGGGGGGAGGAUGAGAGCUGGGAGGAGGCCAGCCGACGUGUCAGGGAGCGGCAAGCCCGCGCGUUACUCGCUGCGCCAGAUCCCCUCACCGCCGCUCUCGCCAUCCCCGUGCGCCAGCUGGCAGCCGUUGAUUCGAGGAGAGUGGCCGCGGUUCCCGUGACCGCGCAGCCGCUGCUAGGGCUGAAUUCUAAGGAGGUAGUUAAGAAGGGGAUCGGUUCGAGAGCACGGCCAAGACAGGAUGUGAUGCAGUUAGCAGUGGCGACGCCGGGGGUAGGGGGAACGGAUGGGGGAGGGAAAGGGGGAGUGGAGGGAGGAGGGAGGAAAGGAGGGGGGGAAGGGAGGGCUGCUGCGGGUGGGAAUACUCAAGAAGAAACGCUUAUACCUGUGGCCAUCAUCCCCAACCAGUCCCUUUCAUGCGCGGACGCCCUCCCCCCUGCGCCAGUCCCCCUGGGCGCAGCAGUCUCUGCUGCUCCCGCUUCCGCAACUGCAGGCGCGGAUGGGGAGGGGAAAAGGAGCGCCCUAGGGCAUAUUCGCGGAGGGGAAUCCCUGGACAACUUUCCUUUACUGAGUAAAGUUACUGCUGAUGCUGCUGCUGCUGCUGCUGCUGCUGCUGCUAAUUCUGGUGCUGGUGGCGCUGCUGCUGGGAACGUUCUUGCUGCUGCUUCAGGCGCUGCUGCUUUUGCUGGUGACAGAACCAACGGUCCAGAUUCGACCGGUGGUGGAACUCCUGACACGGAACCAGAGAAGAAGGAACCGCAGUGGGAAGGGAUCCGACGGUCAGCAUCAGACACAGCAGCGAUUUCAGCCCUGUUAACGGCUGGUGGGGCUGCGUUUACUGCUGGAAGAACAGGGGGAGGCGCAGGGGGGGGCGUAGGGGGGGGAGCAGGCGGAGGGGGGAGUGGGGCAAUUGGUACAAAGGCGGAACCAGUUGCAGGAAGGCCAAUAUCUCCUAUGGCGCCUCAACCCAUGAUCUAUGAAGUGAAGGUUGAUCUUCUGGCGGCGAAGAACCUGCCUGCUGCUAACAUUAGCGGCACUGCGGAUCCCUAUGCCAUUGUUUCAUGCGGCACGGAAAGACGAUUCAGCUCCGUCAUCCCCAGCUCUCGCAACCCCAUGUGGGCGGAGGAGUUUCGCUUCUUCUCCCCCUGUCUCCCCGCCUUGAUAUCGGUGCACAUGUACGAUUGGGACAUCAUAUCAAAGAACGCAGAGCUCGGUGCCGCGUCCCUGCUGGUGGAAGGGGAGGCGCUGCCUUUCACGGCUUGGUACCCCCUGGACAAGGGCCUGGGGCAGGUGUGCCUGCAACUGCAGGUCACAGCCGUACCAAGGAAUAAAAUGGACAGCACCGCAGCCAAAGGGGCAGCCAUGGCGUCGUCCCGCUUGCGGCGGCUGUCCCAGCAGCCGAUGGGUGCCGGUGUAGGGGCAGGAGACAAGCCGGAUAAGCAAGGAGGCGAAGGCACGGAGGGGGAGAGGCCGGAGCAGGAACAAUCAGGGGGGGGCACAGAGGUGCGGGAGAAGCCAGGUCCCCUGCAGACGACUUUUGGGCUGCCGCUAGACGAGGUUAUCCGCCACUCCUUCUCGUGUGCACUGGAGCGCUCGUUUCUCUACCACGGCCGCAUGUUCCUCUCCGGCUCGCACCUGUGCUUCCACUCCAACGUCUUUUCCAAGGAGCUGUCCGUGUGCAUUCCGUACCAAGACAUAGAGGAGGUUCGUCGCAGCACGCAUGCGCUGAUCAACCCAGCCAUCACGGUGGUGCUGCAUCUGGGGACAGGGGGUCACGGGGUGCCUCCCCUUCCUUCUCCUGAUGGUCGAGUGAAGUACAAGUUCGCAUCGUUCUGGAACAGAGGCCACGCCAUGCGCCUGCUGCAGGAAGCAAUCGCUGAGUUCUGGAAGAUGGAGGAGGCUGCUGCUCUGGAAGAGGAGCAGGACCGGCUACGAGCCAACAGCAUGAAGGACGGGGCAUUGGAGGGGGUUUCAUCACGAGGGGCAGCGGAGGCAGCGGAGGAGGAGAAGCAGCCGUUCCUUGACCUCAGUGUGCUGGAGUCGCUACUGCAGUUCGAGGUGCCCUGCACAGCCGAUUCGUUCUUCAGCCUCCUCUACUCAGACUCGUCUGACUUUGUUGUUGUGUACCGAGCCAAGCGGAAGGACACGGAGCUCAAGGUUGGGGAGUGGAAGGAGACGGAGCAGUACGGAGGAAAGAUGAGAGAGGUGACCUAUCGCUCUCUCUGUGACUCGCCCAUGUGCCCACCCUCCACUGCCAUGACUGAGUGGCAGCACAUGGACUUCUCUGGCCCAGACCACAAACAGUUGGUGAUAGAGUCAAUCAAUCAGGCACAUGAUGUGCCCUUUGGGUCCUACUUUGAGGUGCAUGCGCAGUGGACGGUCAGAACGACAACCGACAAUCCUGACAGCCCAUCAUGCAACGCAGAGCUCAAAGCCGGCGUGCAUUUCAAGAAGUGGUGCAUGAUGCAAGGGAAGAUUCGGCAGGGAGCGCAGGCGGAGAUGAAGAGGAACAGCCAAGCGAUGAUGGAGAUGGCAAUGACUUACAUAGCAGAGCGGAAACAGAGUGGUAACCAGACAGCCGACUGUAACGCUGCUGGGAGCUGUGUUGGCAAUAGCAGUAUUCCGAAUAGCAAUGGAGGGGAUGAGGGUGAUGGGAGGAAGGGUGAGGGAGCGGGGAGGGAAAGAAUGGAAAAUGUGAUUGUUAUGAGUGGUGACAGUAGAGGAAAAGAAGCAGCAGACUCUGCACCAGGGGGAUAGCACGUUGGGUUGGGUGCAUUGUGAUCCAAGGUGUUGUGAAAAUGUUAUGUGCAGGUUGAGUUGUCUGUUUUGCCCCUUGUAAAUAGUGAUCCUCCGCAACACGGGUGAAGUCUCGGGCGCCAGGGGGUUUCCCCCAGGGGCUCGCAGGUGGAUCGGCGUGGGAAAGGGGGCCUGGUUCCUCCUGGGAUCUCCUUAAAGCCCAAAAAAAGUGUAAAUAGUGAUUUGAAAGUACUGACGU